UUUUCAAAUCGAAUACAAAUUAUUUCUACCUAAACUAUUUAUUUAAUUUAUUGUUUGAUAUACAUUUAAUUUAACGAUGGCUUCUAGUGACAGCGAAGAUGAUCGCAGGGAGCGUGAUAAAUUUGCCGAAAGGCUGAAGAGAAAAGACAAAGAUAGAACGCGUAAUGUUGCUAUUCCUCGUUCUGAUAAAAAAGCUUAUGAAGAAGCAGCAAAAAGAUUAAAAUUAGAAAAUGAACGUGAAAAAGAAACGGUCAUACCUAGACUCCGGAUCGAAUCACGUCGUAAAUAUCUUGAAAAAAGAAAAGAAGAUAAAGUUACUGAACUUGAAGCUGACAUCAUAGAUGAUGAAUAUUUAUUUGAUGCUGAAGACUUAACACAGCGUGAACUUAUUGAACGUGAACACAAAAAGAAGUUAUUAGUCCUUGCAAAAGAACAUGAAAAAGCUAGAGAACUUGAAAAUAUUCAACGCUACCAUAUGCCACAAGAUAUCAAAGUUGAUCAGAUGCAAUAUGAAAUGGAGGUGGAAAAAACUUCAACUACAGAACAACAAAAAUGGGAAGAAGAACAAAUGUCUAGUGGUGUUUAUAAAUUUGGUGCCAAAAAACAACAAGAAAAAGAACAGUAUGAAUUAUUAAUCGAUAAUCAAAUAGAAUUUAUCCAAACUGCUAAUAUACCUGGAACAGAUGAUGAAAAACCAGAAAUUACCGAAAAACAACGUAAAAAACUUAACAUCGAAGAAACAAAAAAAAGUUUACCAAUUUAUAAAUUCAAAAAAGAUUUAAUACAAGCUAUCAAAGACCAUCAAAUACUUAUCAUUGAAGGUGAGACUGGUUCUGGAAAGACUACACAAAUUCCACAGUAUUUAUACGAAGCUGGUUUCACUGAUAAUGAUAAAAGAAUUGGAUGUACACAACCAAGAAGAGUUGCUGCAAUGUCUGUUGCAGCUCGAGUUGCCGAAGAAAUGUCUGUUAAACUUGGAAAUGAAGUUGGUUAUAGUAUACGUUUUGAAGAUUGCACUUCAGAGCGUACAAUAAUUAAAUAUAUGACUGAUGGAACAUUGCAUAGAGAAUUUUUGUCAGAACCUGAUUUACAGUCUUAUAGUGUGAUGAUUGUUGAUGAAGCUCAUGAACGUACAUUGCACACAGAUAUUCUAUUUGGUUUAGUGAAAGAUGUAAUACGUUUCAGACCAGAUUUAAAGCUGUUAAUUUCUAGUGCCACUUUAGAUGCACAAAAAUUUUCUGAGUUCUUUGAUGAUGCUCCUAUAUUUAGAAUACCUGGAAGGCGUUUUCCUGUCGAUAUAUACUAUACAAAAGCACCAGAAGCUGAUUACAUUGAUGCCUGUGUCGUAUCUAUACUACAAAUACAUGUAACACAGCCCCUUGGAGAUAUAUUAGUCUUUUUAACUGGACAAGAAGAAAUUGAAACUUGUAAUGAACUCUUACAAGAACGUGUCCGUAGACUUGGAUCUCAAAUUAAAGAACUAAUUAUACUACCAGUUUAUAGUAAUUUACCAACAGAUAUGCAAGCUAAAAUUUUUGAGCCUACGCCUCCCAAUGCUAGAAAAGUAGUUUUGGCCACAAAUAUAGCAGAAACAUCUUUAACAAUUGAUAAUAUAAUUUAUGUUAUUGAUCCAGGUUUCUGUAAGCAAAAUAAUUUCAAUUCUCGUACUGGAAUGGAAUCUUUAGUAGUAGUUCCAAUAUCAAAAGCUAGUGCUAAUCAAAGAGCUGGGCGGGCUGGUCGAGUGGCUGCUGGUAAAUGUUUCCGUCUAUACACAGCAUGGGCUUAUAAGAGUGAACUAGAUGAUAAUACCGUUCCAGAAAUACAGAGAAUUAAUUUGGGUAAUGCCGUGUUAAUGCUUAAGGCUCUUGGUAUUAAUGAUUUAAUACAUUUUGAUUUCUUGGAUCCUCCUCCACAUGAAACACUAGUGCUAGCUUUAGAACAGCUUUAUGCAUUGGGUGCAUUGAAUCAUAAAGGUGAAUUGACUAAAUUAGGACGUCGUAUGGCUGAAUUUCCAUUAGACCCACUAAUGGCCAAAAUGCUGUUAGCUUCUGAAAAAUAUAAAUGUUCUGAAGAGAUCGCUUCCAUAGCUGCAAUGUUAAGUGUAAAUAGUGCUAUAUUUUACAGACCCAAAGAUAAACUUGUCUUAGCCGAUACAGCUCGUAAAAAUUUUUUUGUUCAUGGUGGUGAUCAUUUAGCUUUGUUAAACAUUUAUAAUCAAUGGGCUAAUACUGACUUUAGUACAAAUUGGUGUUAUGAAAAUUAUAUUCAACAUAGAUCAAUGCGUAGAGCUCGUGAUGUUAGAGAUCAAUUGGUCGGAUUAAUGCAACGUGUAGAAAUGGAGAUUGUUUCAAAUCCAACUGAAACUGUUAAUAUUCGAAAAGCUAUAACAGCUGGUUAUUUUUAUCAUAUUGCAAGAUUAUCAAAAGGACAUUAUCGCACUGUUAAACAUAAUCAAACUGUUAUGAUACAUCCAAAUAGUAGCUUAUUUGAAGAACUUCCUCGAUGGGUUUUAUACCACGAGUUAGUGUUUACAACUAAAGAAUUCAUGAGACAAGUGACAGAAAUUGAGAGUAAAUGGCUGCUCGAAGUUGCUCCACAUUAUUAUCAAGAUAGAGAACUUGAAGAUUCAACCAAUAAAAAAUUACCAAAGACAUUAGGGAAAACAAAUUCUGAACUUAAAAAUUACUAAUUAAGUGAGUAUAUUUGUACAUAUAUUUCAUACCUAUUAUAUAGGUAUUCAUAAAAUUUAAAUUUAAGAUAACACUUAUGUAGUUGAACCUUAAAAACAA